AUGGCCAUCCUAGAAAUCGAUCUUGACGCUAAACAAGCCGCCUUUGAAAAGGAAGUAGAUGAAGUCGAAGCUUGGUGGAAGAUUCCCCAACAUGCUGGUCUAAAACGUGCGCCGACCUUCCCUGACGCAGUCUACGUUUCCGGCGCCAUCUACGGCACAACUCGCGUCAUGGAGCCCGGCAUCGACCACGCCGAUUACCCCUGGGACACCGUUCCCAAAAUCAUUGAUCAAAUUCACCAUUCGCAAAUGUGGAACGACCAACGCCAGCGACACCUUCGACUUUCACGCCCAAAAGAAGAAAGAGCCCAGAUGGCUCAUGUCGCUUACAUGGCGCCCAUCAUUGAAGAUAGUGAUACGGGGUUCGGCGGAUCGACUUCGACUAUCAAGAUGGCAACCGCGUUUGUGGAAGUGGGUGUUGCGAUGAUUCAUGUCAACGAUUUGGCGUCGGGGAUGAAGAGGUUUACGAUUGGGCAGGCGGGGUUUGGCUUGCGUCAAUUCAGCAUGGCUUCUCUCGGUGAUGAUUUGCUCGUCACGGUAAACAAGCUUCAGGACUUGGUUUUCAAUACCAUCGGCAAUGAUUCUCUCGAUCUACCGCAGAUUGUCGUCGUCGGUUCGCAAUCUUCCGGAAAGUCCUCCGUCCUAGAAAAUAUCGUUGGUCGCGACUUUCUCCCCCGGGGCAGCGGAAUCGUUACGAGACGGCCCUUGAUUCUGCAACUGAUCAACGUCUCUGACGAAGAAGACGACAGCAACGAUGCAGCUGUCAACAUCCCCCACACCGCCAACAGUGUGGCCGCACACGGAGAAUGGGCAGAGUUUCAUCAUUUACCAGGACGAAAAUUCGAGGACUUUGCUCAGGUGAAACAAGAGAUUGAGAAUGAAACAGCACGCAUAGCAGGAAGCAACAAGGGUAUCAACCGGCAACCUAUCAACCUGAAAAUCUUUUCUCCUCAUGUGUUGAACUUGACACUGGUCGACUUGCCUGGUUUGACCAAGGUUCCUAUCGGCGACCAGCCGUCUGACAUUGAGAAACAAACCCGCACACUCAUCUCGGAGUAUAUUGCAAAGCCCAACAGUAUCAUUCUCGCCGUCUCUCCCGCGAACGUCGACCUCGUCAAUUCGGAAGCUUUGAAGCUUGCGCGCCACGUAGACCCCAUGGGACGAAGGACUAUCGGCGUGUUGACCAAGUUGGAUCUCAUGGAUCAUGGCACCAACGCGUUGGAUAUUCUUUCUGGUCGCGUCUAUCCACUGAAGCUGGGCUUUAUUGGCGUCGUCAACCGAUCUCAGCAAGAUAUCCAAAGCGGCAAGUCACUGAGCGAGGCGUUGAAGGCCGAGGCAGACUUUUUCAGACAUCACCCGGCAUACCGAAACAUGGCCAUACGUUGCGGAACACAAUUUCUUGCCAAGACAUUGAAUUCGACAUUGAUGGCACAUAUUCGGGAUAGACUCCCUGACAUCAAGGCACGUCUCAAUACUCUGAUGGGACAGACGCAGCAGGAACUGGCCAGUUACGGGAACAAACAAUUUAGCGGAAAGGAACACAGAGGCUCUCUUAUUCUACAGCUGAUGACACGCUUUGCUUCAUCAUUCAUCUCUUCAAUUGACGGUACAUCUUCAGAAAUCUCGACGAAAGAGCUUUGCGGCGGUGCUCGCAUAUACUACAUCUUCAACUCUGUUUUUGGCCAUUCUCUAGAAACCAUCGACCCUACUCACAACCUCACAGUAUACGAUAUCAGAACCGCUAUACGGAACUCGACCGGACCGCGACCUAGUUUGUUCGUGCCGGAACUUGCUUUUGAUCUGUUGGUGAAACCACAAAUCAAGCUUUUGGAGAUUCCCAGUCAAAGAUGUGUCGAACUUGUAUAUGAAGAACUUAUCAAGAUCUGUCACACUUGCGGAUCUCAGGAGUUGUCUCGCUUCCCGCGUCUUCAAGGCAAGCUGAUUGAAGUUGUGUCUGAUCUUCUUCGUGAGCGCUUGGGACCGUGCUCAAAUUAUGUGGAAUCCCUCAUCGCUAUACAGAGAGCAUACAUCAACACAAACCACCCGAACUUCCUAGGCGCCGCCGCCGCCAUGUCUUCUGUUGUCCAAAACAAGCAGGAGCAAGAGAAGAAAGCUAUACUGGCUGAAGAACGUAAGAAACGGGAAAAGAGGAGACUGAAAGAGGUGGCGGAGACCAACGGAGUCACCGAGGAGGAUGAAGAACACGCAGAAUCUCGAAGCCGAAACCUGCCUAUUCGAGGAGCCGCUGCAGGUUCACGGACAAUGUCUCCGCAUGUCGAGACCGGAAUGAACGGGUCGCCGCCGGUAUUUGGAGCUGCAAACACAGCUCGAGAUUCGUUCUUGAACUACUUUUUCGGCAAGGAUGGAAUGCCCUCGUCGGGCCCUCUUCCCCAACCAACACAAGCAGGACAGGGCCGACGUGUCGGCCAUACUAUCGAACCAAGUAUCAGCCAGAGUAUACGCCGCAGCGAAGCUCGGUCGCCAGUGAUACCGCAGGAAGACUACAGCGCCCCAGUAUCGGAUUAUGGCCGAGACAUUGCACAAUUCCCCACCGAAAACGUCGAGCCAAAUUUGACCGACCGCGAAAUCAUGGAAACAGAACUUAUCCGCCGAUUGAUAUCAUCCUACUUCAAUAUUGUCCGCGAAACCAUUGCCGACCAAGUACCCAAAGCAGUCAUGCAUCUACUCGUAAAUCACAGCAAAGACGUCGUCCAGAACCGACUCGUCAGCGAACUGUACAAGGAGGAAUUAUUCGGCGAUCUACUGUACGAAGACGACGGCAUCAAAGCGGAACGGGAGAAAUGUGAACGAUUAUUGGAGACGUACAAGGAGGCGGCGAAGAUUGUGGGUGAGGUCUUGUGA